UAGUAUAUGAGAGACGAGGAGAGACAUACCUCUGCGAUCUCCGUCAGGACGCAGUACUCCCGAGGAAGAGUAUGUGCGAGUGAGAAGCAACAAUCGCACGAAUGACAAGGAGUGACUGUGACAGAGCGAGCCAGUGAGCGAGCGAGAGUGAGUGAGAGAGUGUGAGGAGGGACGACGGCUAGUGGAACGGAGAAGGAAAUUCGGGAGAGAGGUCGACUACGAAGAAGAGAGACAAAACGAGGUGAACGAGCGAGCAAGAGACGGACGGCGCGUACAGAGUGGCGGUACACGGGGCGCGAGAAAAGCGGUAGUGUGCCGUGGACCACCGCACUGGCAUACCGUGGUUCGUUACGAUCCCCAUCGUACUCCGACUCAUACCGGACCUCUCAGUCAUCAACGAAGUCGCAAUACGACAAGUGCUAGUGCAGUGCGGACUGGCCAAGUCCCUCUUGAUUUCGUAAGAGAUUGACUGGCUUUUCGAAACGAGCCACCCCGAUAGCCUGACCGAUCGCGAAUUGUAUAUUUUAAAAGAAAAGAAAAAGCCGUCUGCCGAGGGUGGUUGUCGCGUGCCGGCUGACCGAAUCGUCGCCGGGCGCGCACGCGGCAGAAAGAUCCACAGGCAGUUUUAUAGCUCGUCUUAUUACCUCGGUUUAUUGCAUCGUAACGGUUUAACGAUCAUCGCCUGUUUUCACAGUCCAGACCACCGGUUUAUGCUUUCGCCCAUAGCGGUAACCAUAACAAGACCAUAAAAGCCCCCGCCACUAACCAUGAGACCCAUUCUGAAUUACACUCUUACGGCCUACUGACAUUGACACUUUGGGUGUAACCGGCUAUACCUACCGAUGACUUUUAUAGCCUCUUAAAACGGUUUAAUGCUCGUUUAUUCGUCCCUUGUCAACGUUUUCACCUAUCGCCGCCCGCGUCGAAUAAACGUAUCGCUUCCUAGGCAUCUAUGUUUUGCCUUAUAAAUCAAAACGUGACAGAAGAUCAAAGGUCUGAUUAACAUUCGUUCGAUUUAAGAGAGUCGAGCUAGCCUGAUCCGCUAUCAUCGGGCUGGGACACGGACUAGCGAACUUUGGCUAGCCACGUGCGCUCGAUGUAAUCGCAAGCUUAUUUCAACGCCGACUCCUUCCGCUGCCAUUUUUUUUUAAGUGCCGGUGUUUUAGUGCAAGUGAUCCAAGGUACCCGGAGUUAUGAACUCGUAUUUUGAGCAGACAGCAGGCGGCUUCUACGGAAGCCACCAUCAUCAAACAGGAGCGGCGAGUCAGCAUCAUGAUCCGGCUACUGCUGCGGCAUAUCGAAGCUUUCCACUCGGUUUAGGUAUGUCGCCUUAUGCAUCAACGCAGCAUCAUCAUCACACAUCCUCCUCGUUAGGGAUACAUCCAGGUGGUGGUACCAACACGAGACCACCCCAAGACUCACCAUAUGAUGCCAGCGUUGCGACGGCCUGCAAGCUUUACUCGACGACACCUGAGGCAACCGGUCACACCACAUCUUCAUAUUCAACAGCAGCUACGAAAGACUGUAAGCAACAGGAUCAAACGUCAGCCCAUCAAAAUGGUUAUGCCGCGGUGAUGGCAGCGGCGGCGGUUAAGGAUGUGUGGCAGUCAGCGACCUCAGGAGCAAACAGCCAGAGUAACUCAGUCGUACGUCCUUCCGCGUGUACCCCAGAAAGUACGAGGGUCGGUAGCUACGGUGGUCUCGUAGGAGGCGAUCCGGCAUCGAGUCCGGGUAACAACAGUUCGUCAAGAUCCCUCACGUCGUCCUGGAACACCUGCAGUUUGAACUCGUCCGCGAGUCAACCGGUCGCCACGCAACUGCAUCAGCAACCUACCGCCAACCAUACCUUCUACCCCUGGAUGGCUAUAGCAGGUAAGGAUAAUAUCGCUAAGCCACAUUGGACAUGGUUGCAAGGAGCGAAUGGAAUGCGCAGGCGCGGGCGACAGACUUACACGCGCUACCAGACGCUGGAGCUGGAGAAGGAAUUCCAUACGAACCACUACCUCACCAGGCGGAGGCGGAUCGAGAUGGCACACGCACUCUGCUUGACAGAACGGCAAAUCAAGAUCUGGUUCCAGAAUCGGCGAAUGAAGUUGAAGAAGGAGAUUCAGGCGAUCAAAGAGUUGAACGAGCAAGAGAAGCAAGCGCAGGCGCAGAAAGCGGCGGCAGCAGCAGCGGCGGCUGCGCAUCAGCAGCAAGGGGGCGGCGGGGGUCCUGAAGGGGGCAACUAGGGGUACGCCCUGCAUCGGAGCCCCCCAGAUCACCCUACCAACAAUCCACACCACCCUCUGUUAGCACCGCAAUGUACGCAGCUAUAUUAAAGGUGAGUGGCAAGCUGCACCCGCUGUCUCUGUAAUGCCAAAUAGAUAGUCGAUGUGCGUAUCUGUCGAUCGUCAAUUUAUCGGUUGCGGCGAAUCGGAUGCUGCACCCGGUGAGUGACGAACCUCCCCCACCAUGGCUACCUCCCGUAGCUCACUUUGACCGAUAUGCUCCCCAGACCAAUCAGUAUCCAAGCACACAGUGUCAUCCGUAUAAGCCUAGCGCUGUCGUAGUCGUUCCCCUUUCUGGUCUCUCUACCUGUAGUUUCUGCUUUGGUACAGUAGCAUGUAGAUAGAGGUUGAAUUGUCGGGGGUGGCCAAAAAAAAGGAAAAAGAAAAAACCGAAAAAUCAGUGAACGUCCGCGGAUUCAGGGUGUCGUUUGCAGAAAAUCGACCGAAAACAGAGUCUUAUUCUCGACGUACGUUGCGGUGGGUUGUGCGACAGUUAGAAACUAAAAUACGUAACGGAAAGGCUACAACUACUCAUAGGGUUAAAAGAAAAGAUAGAUCGUAGAAGCAUCUAAACUCUCGAUGAACGAGAUUGGGCUGAUGCAGAAUAAUUAGAUAUUUGUGACGAGCUCAGCGGAAGUAUGACUCUUUUUUAUAACAUAAUGUACAAAAUUGUUAUAAACACACUUUUCGCAAGUCUCUCUUUUAUUUUGUUGCUUAUGUUUUCCCUCGAAAAUGCGCACUCAGUACAUCCUCAUGAGAGAGAGAGAGAGAGAGAGAGAGAGAGAGAGAGAGA